CGGCGUCUCCACCGCGAGGAAAACUUCCCCGUCGCAGCUCUGGCCCGCAAGUGCCGCCUUGAAGCGCUGCGUUUUCCAGAGGGGUCUUCCAUGGACACACCUGCCCCUACGACGGAGGAGAGCCUUAAAUGCAUAGCAUCGUAGAGUGGGAAGAGACCACAAGGGCCAACGCCGCACACAAAACUCCCCAGAAGGAGACACUACAGCAUAUUCCACCUCUUUACGGUCAGGAAGUCCUUCGUAAAGCUUAAGUGAGAUCUCCUUUCCUGCAAUUUGAACCCAUUGCUCCCUGUCCUGGCCUCGAAACUCUUGCGCCUACUCAAGGUGGCAUCCCAAUGUUGUGGUGGACUUUCUUUCCCUGCAAUUGGAACCCAUUGCUAGUCUCUAGAGCAGCAGAAAAACAACUUGCCGGCUCCUCAAUGUGACAUGUUGGUGCCAUUGGAGCCCAUCCAGCCUCUGCUUGAAAACCUCCAGAGAAGGAGACUCCCCAGGUUCGAAGGAAGCUCUCACUGUGGGGAAGUUCUUCCUAGUGUUUAGGUGAGAUCUCUUUCCUUGCAAUUUGAACCUAUUGCUUCCUGUCCUAGCCUCGAAACUCUUGCGCCUCCUCAAUCUUGCGGUGGACUUUCUUUUCCUGCAAUCUGAACCCAUUGCUAGUCUCUAGAGCAGCAGAAAAGCAACUUGCCGGCUCCUCAAUGUGACACUUUAAUGUGAAUGUUGGUGCUAUUGGAAUCCAUCCAGCCUCUGCUUGAAAACCUCCGGAGAAGGAGACUCAGAUUUACUGUCGGGAAGUUCUUCCAAAUGUGUAAGUCAAGUCUCUUUACCUGAAAUUUGCACCCAUUGCUUCCUGUCUCAGCCUCAAAACUCUUGCGUCUCCUCAACGUGACAUCCCAAUGUUAUGGUGGAUGUCUUUCCUCUGCAAUCUGAACCCAUUGCUAGCUUCCAGAGAGGCAGAAAACCAACUUGCGGGCUCUUCAAUGUUAAGGUGGGACUUCUUGGGUGUCCAUCCAGCCUCUGCUUGAAAGCCUCCACAGAAGGAGACACUCCGAGGGAGCAUAUUCCAUCUCUUUACGGUCAGGAAGUUCUCAUUAAUGUUUAGGUGAGGUCUCUUUACCUGCAAUUUGAACCCAUUGGUGCCUGUCCUGGCUUCGAAACUCUUGGGCCUCCUCAAUGUGGCAUGCCAGUGUUGUGGUGGACUUUCUUUUCCUGCAAUCAGAACUCAUUGCUGGCUUCUAGAGCGGCAGAAAACCAGCUUGUGGGCUCCUCGGUGUUAAGGUGGGACCUCUUUUCCUGUCAUUGGAGUCCAUUGCUGGGUGUCUUGAAAACCUCCAGAGAAGGAGACUCCCCAGGUUCGAAGGUAGCUCUCACUGUCGGAAAGUUCUUCCUAAUGUUCAGCUUGCAGGCUCCUCAAUGUUAAGGUGGGACCUCUUGGGUGUCCACCCAGCCUCUGUUUGAAACCUCCAGAGAAGAAGACCCUCAGACUCAGAGGCAGCUCUCACUGUCGGGAAGUUCUUCCUAAUGAUUCCGGGGCCCGCUCAAUGGGCCUCAUUACACUAGAGCAUUUAUCCACUUUAAAUUUCCUGCGGAAUUCUGGGGUUUGUAGUUUGGUGAGGCCCAGGACCUGUCUGGCUGAGCUGUUGAAAGCCUCCUCUCUAAAGUGGAUUUAAAGGGGAUUUAAAGUGGAUCCAAGUUGUAGUGUGAUGAGGUCCUAGGUGUGAGCGUGAGAGGCUGAUGUUGAGGCGGGCUCUCCUUCCCGCCGCUCUCCACCUUCCUUGGCCAUGCCUCGCCCGGGCAAGAGCUCCUACAGCGACCAGAAGCCCCCCUACUCGUACAUCUCCUUGACGGCCAUGGCCAUCCAGCACUCGGCGGAGAAGAUGCUGCCGCUGAGCGACAUCUACAAGUUCAUCAUGGAGCGCUUCCCUUACUACCGGGAGCACACGCAGCGCUGGCAGAACUCGCUCCGCCACAACCUCUCCUUCAACGACUGCUUCAUCAAGAUCCCGCGGCGGCCGGACCAGCCGGGCAAAGGCAGCUUCUGGGCGCUGCACCCGGACUGCGGGGACAUGUUCGAGAACGGGAGCUUCCUCCGGAGGCGAAAGCGCUUCAAGGUGCCCAGGCAGGAGGCCCACCCCGCGGGGGCGGGGAAAGCGCUUCAAGGGGCCCCGCUGCACCCACACCUGGGACACUACUUCCACCCCCACCAUCACCCUCAGCCUCCCACCGGGCCUUUGCACGCUCCCAAGGCGCCCUUCCCGCCCUACAGCGCCGGGUUCAAGCACCCCUUCGCCAUCGAGAACCUGAUCGGGCGCGACUGCAAGGGCGGAGGAGGAGGGGGAGGAGGAGGCCUGCCUCUGGCCUCGGUGAUGCACCACCUCGGGUACCCGGUGAGCGGGCAGCAGCUGGGCGCCGUGGUGGGCUCGGUGUGGCCCCACGUGGGCGUCAUGGAGGCUUUGCCCCUGGCCGACUACGGGCCCUUUAAGGCCGCCCCUCCCGCCCAAGCCCUGCCGGCCAUCCCGGUGCCCAUCAAGGCCGCCCCUCUCGCCGCCCUCGCCGCCCACCCGCUCGGCCUCCUCGAAGCCUCUCCCGGGAAACCUGGCUCCGAAGGCAAGGCCCCCCUGCGUCCGGCUUUGGCGCUCUCCUGAGAUUGACAGGGAUGGAGCCACGCUGUAGGACGGGC